AUGUUUGCCGGCAUGAGCGGCACCAUUCGAAAGGCGUGGGCGGUGCCUGUGAUCGGUAGUUGUGCGACCUCAUAUUGCUUCCUUUGGCCCCCUCCCUUCCCUGGAAUUCAUUCCGUCUCUGUUCUGAUUGUUUUGUCUUUGUCUUUUUUGAGAGUUGUCGAGAAGAGUGGUCAAACCUGUGUCAUCUUUCAUUUCCCUUUUGGGUUUUACAUUCCGCCCUCUAUUACUUUGACCCCAAAUUCUCCUUGCUUCUCAAAAUGCCUAGGCUCCUCGGACACCGUGUCAGCAGACAUCGCAUGCGAGGACGCAGAGAUCACAAGUACUACCACCGGAUCGACAUGGAAGGAGUGCAUGAGCUGCCUGCAAAACAGCACCUAUUCCCAGGGGGGUGAGAGCGACCAAGCUUGGUUCCUGUACAACCUGCGAUACAGUUUCGACUCCUGCGUCUUCGCGUAUCCCAACGACACCAGCUCUGGGUCGAACCCGUGCGAAACCUCCACUUCGUGCGGCGCCUUGAAGACGGCACUGGAGUACGACCAGCUGAACGCCACCGAUGCUCAAUCCAACGAGUUCGGCUAUUGCGAUGCGGAUGGUGGGGCGUUGACAGGCCAGUACUUCCAGCCGUGUAUGGACUGUGUUAGCGACAGUGGUGAUACCAACUACAUCGCGAAUGCUCUCGUGGCCCUAAACGCAGGUUGUACCCAGAAGCCCAACGCAACAGACCCCUUAGGCCUGAGCGCCUCAGUCUUCUCCAGCAGCGUCAUCCAGGCCGUCGAUCCAUCCACGGUGAACAAGUCUACCAGCGGAUUCUCACUGAGCACGGCAGCUAUCGGAGGAAUCGUAGCCGGUGGCGUUGCGGUCUUGAUCCUGGUCGCUGUGGUCAUCUUCUUCCGUUGCCGAAAGCGCAAAAACGGCAUAAGCAGUAGACGGACGCCUCGUUGGGCGCGGGAUAAACGACGGUCGUCAUUCUCCUUCAAGUGUCUUGUGGAUAGGCCUGUCACUGAGGGCCGAUACUUCAUCGAAACGAAACCAAGAUUGGAACGACACCCGUACGAGACCGCCAUAGACGGAUGGAAGGCCCAGGACGCCAAGCUGGCACCCCCUCCAGCGGCCCAUCCUUCGCCUAAGGAGAAUACCUUUGAUAUUUCGCCAUCGUCAACGCAGCAUAGCACACGGUAUUACUCUCCAGCCGAGCACAGCUCGUCUCCCUCUCAAGAAUCAAGUCGGGGUCACCAGCAGCAGCACGGUUGGCCAAGCGCGAGGGAGAUCCAAGAGCCGUGGUUCCCUCCGCCGCCACCGCCGGGUCCUCCUCCGUCGACCACAAAGUUUGGGCGCAAGGUAAGCCCAGGAACGGUAAGGAAAGGGAAGAGGGAGAGCGGCAGUCCAGUGGAGAGUAAGCAGAUCCAGACGUGGUUUCCUGGGCCGCCGCAGAGAUAA